AUGGGCCAGGGCGACGAGAGCGAUCGCAUCGUGAUCAACGUGGGAGGGACUAGGCACCAGACUUACCGCAGCACCCUGCGCACCCUGCCCGGCACUCGGCUGGCCUGGAUCGCUGAGCCCGAUGCCCACAGCCACUUUGACUAUGACCCACGCACAGACGAGUUCUUCUUCGACCGGCACCCGGGCGUCUUUGCCCACAUCCUGAACUACUACCGCACAGGCAAGCUGCACUGCCCAGCGGAUGUGUGUGGGCCUCUGUACGAGGAGGAGCUGGCCUUCUGGGGCAUUGAUGAGACUGAUGUGGAGCCCUGCUGCUGGAUGACUUACCGCCAGCACCGGGACGCCGAGGAGGCACUUGACAGUUUUGGUGGGGCACCACUGGAUAGCAGUGCUGACGACGGAGAUGCAGAUGGCACCGGAGACUCCGGGGAUGGCGAGGAAGAGCUGGAGAUGACUAAACGCCUGGCACUCAGUGACUCACCAGAUGGCAGGUCCGGGGGCUUUUGGAGGAGGUGGCAGCCCCGAAUCUGGGCACUUUUUGAGGACCCCUAUUCCUCCAGAUAUGCAAGGUACGUGGCAUUCGCCUCCCUCUUCUUCAUUCUGGUUUCCAUCACCACCUUCUGCCUCGAGACCCAUGAGAGAUUUAACCCCAUCGUGAACAAAACAGAGACUGAAUUCAUUGGCAAUGACACCCACGUGCGACACUACAGGGAAGCGGAGACCGAAGCCUUUCUGACCUACAUCGAAGGCGUCUGUGUGGUCUGGUUUACAUUUGAGUUCCUGAUGAGAAUCACUUUCUGCCCAAACAAGGUGGAAUUUAUCAAAAACUCUUUGAACAUCAUUGACUUUGUGGCCAUUCUGCCUUUCUAUUUGGAGGUUGGACUCAGUGGCCUGUCUUCCAAAGCUGCUAAGGAUGUCCUGGGCUUCCUACGAGUAGUCCGGUUUGUGCGAAUUCUGCGAAUUUUCAAGCUGACCCGCCACUUUGUGGGGCUGCGGGUCCUGGGACAUACUCUCCGUGCCAGCACAAAUGAAUUCUUGCUGCUCAUCAUAUUCUUGGCAUUGGGCGUCUUAAUCUUUGCCACGAUGAUCUACUAUGCCGAGAGAAUAGGUGCUAAACCCAAUGAUCCUAGUGCCAGUAAUCAUACACACUUUAAAAAUAUCCCCAUCGGCUUUUGGUGGGCUGUUGUCACCAUGACUACCCUGGGCUAUGGAGACAUGUAUCCUCAGACUUGGUCAGGCAUGCUGGUGGGGGCUCUCUGUGCUCUUGCAGGUGUGCUGACCAUUGCCAUGCCUGUCCCCGUCAUUGUGAACAAUUUCGGAAUGUAUUACUCCUUAGCUAUGGCUAAGCAGAAGCUACCAAAGAAAAAAAAGAAGCAUAUCCCGAGGCCACCCCAGCUGGGAUCCCCCAAUUAUUGUAAAUCUGUCGUAAACUCUCCACACCACAGUACUCAGAGCGACACAUGCCCACUGGCCCAAGAAGAAAUUUUAGAAAUUAACAGAGCGGCGCUGGCAAAUGAAGACUGUCCCCACAUAGACCAGGCUAUAACGCCUGAUGAGGGCCUGCCCUUUACCCGCUCUGGCACUCGGGAGAGAUAUGGACCCUGCUUCCUCUUAUCAACCGGGGAAUAUCCCUGCCCGCCUGAUGGAGGAAUAAGAAAGGGUUACGAAAUGUCACGGAGCCUUAACAGCAUAGCUGGCAUAAGCGGAAAAGCGAUAGGAUUAUCCUCAGUGUCUGCGCCCUACAGCUCUCCUAGCCCAGUGAGACGUUCUUGGUCUCCCAUCCCAUCUAUUUUGUAG